AUGAGGCUGAGCCUGUGUCUUCUACUGAUCAUUCUGGUGGUUUGUUGCUAUGAAGCUAACGCUGGGCAGGUCUGUCCAGCUGUUGCGAAUGAAACCCUAAGCUUCCUACUAAGCAGUGAGAAAGAGCUGGAGGAAGAACUUGAGGACUACGAUGCAUCUCCAGAGGCUGUUGAAGCAAUGCUGACAGUGAAGAGAUGUAUAGAGAAGAUAAUAUAUGGAGAAAGAUUUGCAAUGGGAAUAACACUGGUAAAAGUUUUAUUGAUGUGUGAUCUUCAAACAUGGUUGCAAGUGGAAUUUCCUGGUAACGCUUGGGAUUUAACACUAAACUGA